UGCGGUGCAGCAGUGGCGGAUCAGGAUUUUUAUGGGGCACAUCAUCAUCCGAACACACUGACUUAGCGGGAAGGCGACUGCUGGUGAUGGGAGGAUCAGCAAGCAGCAGCAGCUACCAGGAACCUAGCGAAGGAAGUCAGUCGUGCGCGGAGCAUUGCGGCGACGCGCAGCAGAACGUCAAUCCCUUCUUCUACCGCCCCAGGAUGACUCCGCUGGACUGGGUGAAGGUUGUAUUCAACACCUUCUGGUUGCUCCCACUGCGACUGGUUCUGUUCGUCAUUCCGUCUUUCUGUCUGGGGGUGUGUCUGUGCAUCCUCUCCAUUCUUGGAGACAGUCUUGAUGAGAAGAAUCCUCGACCGCUACGUGGGUGGCGCAGGUUUCUUGUCAGUGAUAUCGGGACUCGUGUGGACCGCCUGCUGCUGUUUGGGUGUGGUUUCCAUUGGAUCAGGGUGCGUGGGAAGCCUGCCACUGCAGCUGAGGCACCAAUCAUUGUAGCCAGUCCCCACGCCUCCGUCUUUGACAUGUUCAUCAUCUCUCUCUUCCACCUCCCCACUUUUGUUGCCAAGAGCGAGGCCAGCUCCGUUCCUAUCCUAGGGUACCUCGUCACUCAUACCAUGAGAGCUAUAUAUGUUUCCCGUGACAACCCGGCGUCACGCAGGGAAUGCACAGAUGAGAUUCUGCGUCGUGCAAAGGACUCGGCAGCUGGGUGGCCAAAGAUCCUCAUCUUCCCUGAGGCCACCACUCACUCUACGGAAGUCCUCCUGGAGUAUAAGAAAGGAGCCUUUCUUCCCAGCGUGCCUGUCCAGGCAGUGGCUAUAAAGUACCAGAACAGGAGCAACACAAUGGUGUGGUCUGACAGAGGAACUGGUCUCAUUGCCAGCAUCUACCUUACACUCUGCCAGUUUCACAAUAGUCUGGAGGUGGAGUUCCUCCCUGUACACCACACUACCCCAGAGGAGGCCGCCAACCCAGAGGUGUUUGCAGAGAAUGUGAGGAAGGAGGUAUCGCGGGCCACUGGGAUUCCAACCUCCCACUACUCAGUGGAGGACCUUCUGAUGUGCAGGAAGGCCGAGCAGCUGGGGCUGCCUUUCCACUCUGGCCUCAUCUCCUUCCCUUGUCUCAACAGGGAAUUCCAGUGCGUUAACACAUUCCUUGUCAAAAUAUUUACCAGUAUCCGAUUAGGGUGUAUAGUUGGUAGAAGCCAUAGCAGCUCUUGUCUGAUCUCAUCCUCCUACCUGAGUAGCUCAGAACCAUCCUCCCCCACUGCAGACUGGGGUUGCCACAGGCCAAGUACUGGCUGGAGAGGUUCUCUGAAAUGGAUCGAGACAAAGAUGGAUUUAUCACUAGCGAAGAUUUCUGCCAUUACCUGGCUGUCCCUACUGAUGCCUGCUCACUGGCUGUGUUCUCUGCUCUAAGGAACAAGCAGGCAUCAGAGGGUGGGCUGAAUUUCAGGCACUAUUUGUACAGAGUUCUGCGUAUGUCCCUCCCAUUUACCACUGAUGAGAAACUCUUGCAAAUGUUUCAAUUCUUUGACAGUGAGAACAAAGGACAAGUCACUCUGUCAGAUAUUUCAUCUCGACUUCCGGUGCAGUGGACUAGGAAUUCAGACCAUUACAGGGGGAACCCCCCUCCACGGCAGAGGGGAUACAACCUAUGUGGGUGUGGUCGACAACAGUUGCCACGGAGACUUAACUGCGCCCCCCAGCAAGCCUCUCUCCCUGAAUCCAUGAACUAUGAUGAGUUCUGCUCAGCUCUAAAGAAAAAUCCGGAAUAUCUUCUUCUCUUCAACGAGUGCCAGGUUGCCGCUAUCUCCUCCAACUCCCAUGGCAGCGGUUUCCAUGACAACACCAUCUCUGCUGAGCUGCUGGCAGUGUCUGUCGAGUCCUGACCAUGCCCCCCAUUGUGUUCCUAAUUAAUCACUGGUGACCAACUCUCAAACUGAUUUUCUUAACUCUUUUGGCAUGUUUUUUACACAGAGGUUUUAAUAUUAUAUGAGAU